AUGAAACGUCUUUCUCGGGUUUUCAGCAGUAGCCCAAAAACUGUCUCUGCUCGACCUGAGCCAGCGGCGAUUGCACCGGAAAGGCCCAAGCAAGUCGUUGAGGGUCGGUCCAUCGAUGAGGGCCGACCCCUACGAGUCGUGGUUAUCGGAGCCGGCAUUUCUGGAAUACUCAGUUGCAUUCGUUUCAGGCAGAGGAUCCCAAACAUCGAAAUUUGUGUAUACGACAAGAAUCCGGAUAUAGGAGGGACUUGGUUUGAAAAUCGAUAUCCCGGCUGUGCAUGUGAUAUUCCCGCCCAUACAUAUCAAGCAACCUUUGAGCCGAACAAAGAAUGGUCUACUUUCUAUGCUAGUGCCCCAGAAAUCCACAAAUAUUGGAAACAUGUCGCGGAGAAAUAUGGCUGCAUGAAGUAUAUCAAGUUAAAGCAACAAGUAAACUCGGCGACAUGGGAUGAGAAGAGUUCGAAGUGGAAGCUAGAGAUCAAAGAUCUGGACAGCGGCUCUUCAUACACAGAUGAAGGCAAUAUUGUGAUCCAGGGAACCGGUUCUUUGAAUAACUGGAAGUGGCCAGAUAUUCCAGGACUGAAUGACUUCAAGGGCAAAUUAUUGCAUAGCGCUCGCUGGGACGAGGAAUACGACUACUCGAAUCAACGUGUUGCCGUUAUUGGCAACGGCUCCAGUGGAAUUCAGAUUGUUCCAGGAAUACUACCCAAGGUCACACACAUUGACCACUACAUGCGCAGCCGCACCUGGGUGUCGCCCACUUUCGCAAGGGAGCACAUUGAGAAGCAUGGCAACGGAAAGGAUAACUUCACAUUUUCCGCCGAGGAUAUUGAGGAAUUCAAGAACAACCAUGAAGCAUACCAGAAGUUCCGCAAGGGUGUGGAGUUGGAACUCCAGUCGAUUCACGGCGCUACUCUAAAUGGACACCCAAUGCAACUUGGAGCCCACGACGCCUUUGUCGAGAACAUGAAACGGCGAUUGGCAAACAAGCCAGAGCUAAUCGAGGAUCUCAUCCCCGCAUUCCCACCAGCAUGCCGGCGUCUCACCCCGGGGCCAGGCUACCUCGAAGCUCUCACAGAUGAAAAGGUAGACAUCAUCAAGUCGGACAUCAUCAAGAUCGAUGAGAAGGGCAUCGUCACUGCUGACGGACAGCACAGAGCCGUUGACGCGAUCGUCUGCGCGACUGGUUUUGACACAACCUGUACUCCCCGCUUCGCAAUUCGGGGUCGCGAUGGUGUCCUUCUUUCAGAACGCUGGAAAGAGACCCCUGAGACCUACAUCGCGGUCGCGACGGAUGGGUUCCCGAAUUAUUUCAUCUCUUUAGGUCCAAAUGCCGCGCUAGGGGAAGGAAACCUGUUACUUCUCAUUGAAAAGGAGUUGGACUAUUUCACCAUGUGCGUAGAGAAAAUGCAGCGAGAUAAUAUUCGAGCCAUGGCUCCACGCAAAGAAGCUGUUCUCAAAUUUCGACGGUACUGCGAUGAAUAUUUCAAAGGCACGGUGUUUGGUGGAAAGUGUCGCAGUUGGUACAAGGGGGGUACUGAAGAUGGUCGGAUUGUGGCUCUAUGGCCUGGCUCGUCGCUACAUGCUCAGAAAGUCUUUGCACAGCCCCGAUGGGAAGACUAUGAAUAUGAAUAUGUCAACGAUAACCCCUUUGGUUGGAUUGGCGAUGGCUGGACGGAAAACGAGAAGAACGACAAGAUCCAUGUGAAUUACCUCGAUGAUAAUCAGGUCGACUUUCCUCCGGCAAACUUGAAGUAA